UGUUACCUUUAUGUAAAUACAAAAUAGCAUCGCGACAUAAAUUUGGAUAAGUUGUAAUUUUGUAGUAAGUCGAAGAUGUUUCUUACUUAUUUCUAAGUGUGAUAGGAUGGGGACGUUAACAGGACCAGGGUACUUCUGGGCUCUGCUUUCAUUAGCAGCGGCAAUCUUGGCUUGUUCUGGCUUCUAUCUUCCCUUCUGGGUACAGGGUAGAAUACUGGGGAGGGUGGAUGCAUACUUCAACAGCUUCCGUCGCUGCAACUACCCCCGCAUGGUUACUCCCCAAGGUGCAGUUGAGAUCGUGAUGCAGUGUGCCAGAUAUUCCAGAUGGAGAGACAUUCCAAGCAGUUGGUGGCAGGCCAGUACAGUGUUGAUACUCCUGGGUUGUGUGAUGGCUACAAUAGUGGCUGUGAUGGCUAUUACAGCAUGCUGUUUUGAUUACAUCAUCCACUCUGCAACUGCAAGAAUGGCGUGUAGCUUACAACUCGUUGCAGGUGUGCUUGUGGGAAGUGGUUUGAUUGUCUAUCCACUGGGUUGGGACAACAAGGAGAUGCGAGACUGUUGUGGACCUUCAGUACACAUGUAUACAUUGGGAAACUGCAAGAUAUCUUGGUCAGUGUUUUUGCUGGUGGCAGCCAUUAUACUUCUGUUCGCUUGCUUCGCUCUGAGUCCUUGCAUCACCAAAGUCAACUAUUGCUACCUUCGCUCGUGACAUUGACUAUUGGUUGACCCUCCUUCCAAGAGGUUUCUGGAGACGUCUACCCAACUCUGAUAUCCACGAACAAACAUAAGACUGAGAAAUGGAAGUGAUGAGUACAAAUUGUUGAGGUGAUGGACUAAAUUUCAAUUUUAAAUUAACGUUUUGUAUAGGAUUUUAUGUGGGUUUUUACAAGAAGAGCCUUUAGAAGACUCUUUAUUAAAAUUUACCCUAUGCAAAUGAAGGUGAUGUAAACUAACCUAUAACCUUAAUUAAGCCAAUCUAACCUAAACACAUCCAACCCAACCUGAUCUGACUUAAGCUAACCUAACCUGACCUGACCUAAGCUGACCUAAUCCAGCCUAACCUGACUUAGCCUGACCCAAACUAACCUAAUAACCUGACCUAACCUAGCCUAAAUCUCAUACGGUAAAUUUUAAUAGUGUUGCCACUCUUCUUUGAAAGUCUCUCUAACGAGCUUAGUUCCUAAGUACUUAUAAGUUUUUAAAAAAUUGUAAAUAAUUGUUGUAAAUUAGCGUCCAGAUUACUGUUUUCUUACCGAACCAUGUAAAUAGUUUCAUCACAUAAUCCCACUUUCAUUUUGUGUCUGGGUACCUCAGUAGAUUUUGUAGGAUAUUUUUCCUAAUUUUGUUAGCUAGAUUUCAGAAUUUUAAUGUCCAAUAAAUUAAGCACGCCUUCUUUGUCUUUACAUAUCCCGAAUACGUCUAAAAAAUAAACUAAAUGUAAUAGAAUAAAAAACAGUGUAUAAAAGAUAAGAUAAAGGAAGUACAUUCUUUUAAAGAGUACAUCCAUUUUAUAGAUAUCAGGUAAAAGAACAAAGCACUAACCUUUUCAACUUUACAACUCUAAGGCAAUAAUACCAUUAUAAUUUUCUGAGCGGGAACAAUUACACAAAAUUUAUUACCUACAUUCAAAGUUGCUAAACACCAUUGCCCGACCUCAAGUGACCGCAGCGCAUUUGUUUCUCCCUUUCCAUAAAUAUUGUAGUGGUGUAAAAGCAGUUCCCUAAGUCAUCCGUUGGUUUUCCAUGUAUCCACUAACAAAAUUAAUUUCUGUGCUUUAUAACAGAAUUUUACCUUAUAAUAAGAGACUUUUUUUACCAUUAAAUUGUUUGACAUAAUAAUGAAAUGUAUUUAGUUGUU